AUGAGUUCGCUACGAGAAAGACUGCUCCCUCAGCAUCCAAACAACGGUAAGGGGUUAAUAACUGACACAUUCCAAUUUUAUCUUUCGUUAAGUUUAAAAAAAAUCAAUUUGUCUAGCUUUAGCGAUGUUGCUUUUUAAAUGAGAACUUUUUUCAAGCCGAUACAACGGAAAUUGUAGUAGUAUCGAUGUUAUUUCCUUUUUCAUCAGUGAACUAGCCUACUGUUACCUCUAGAUCAGUAUCCAGUGAUGGCAAAUCAUCAAAAUAGAGGUUUUUGGUUCGUGAAUUACGCUUAGUUUGACCUUUUAACGCCUUGGCAAAUAAAGAGAACAAAAUUUUUGACUAGAGAUGAGACGCUGUAGUUACGAACCACACGAGAUAAAAGAUCAUUAAUUCGACAGAGCUUUACACUCGUUAUUUGGGCUCACUUCUAUUUAAGGGCAAAUCUAAAUACUUAACAACCACUUUUUAAUGAGAGUAAAGCUGAUUCUUUUCUAGGAAAGGGACUUGUCGACUUUUCCUGCUUUUGAUUGUAAUAAGACACGCUUAGUUAGAAUUAUGACUUGAAGACACCUGCUUAGGGAGUUUCGAAACCUCAAAUCAAAUAUUCACCUUUCAAAGAAGAAAAUUUGGGAAGCAUUUCCUGUAAGACCUUUUCACUUCCUUUAAUAAUAUUUCAGCCUUCAGUUGUAGCACACAAAAAAUUAGAACAAGACUUUGAAUUCAUUAUUGACCAUAUUUGUCGUGUCAGUAAUCUGUAUUCAAACUGGUUCAUUAUUUAGAAUUACUCCUUCAGCAGUUAGAUGAUAAUAUUCGUUACAUUCGUUUUGAGAAGAAUGAACAACUGAAAGACAGCUUACAUCAGUUAAAAAUUAAAGCUUAAUUUAAAAUAGCUCAAGUACUUGAUUUUUCACUCAAUUGAAAUAAUGGCUUGUCUUUAAACCUUCCAAACGUCAUCGUAUAUUUGUUUACAGAACCUCAAUUUUCCGGCUCAAUGCAUCGUCAGGGUGACUCAUUCUUGGGGAAUAAUGAUGAGGUUUCUGUUCAGCAACAAACCAACUAUCUGCGAAACUUAGCUGAAAACAUCCAUACUGAAGGUAAUGGACAGAACGUGCCACUCAGCAUAUCUCCAGUUCAAGUGAGCAGUAUCCUCGCUGAAAUAACACAGGGGCAAGAGUUUCCUUGUCAUUCACCUACCCUUGAUUAUUCUUCCGGCUUCUUUGAAAGCUCUGGUAGUACGGAUGUACGGUCGUCAUCUUCAGCGUUGAGUAUCGGAAACACUUCGGGUAGUUCCGCUAUGACAUCGAGCGUCCCGAGAAUCUUCGGGACGGGCAGCCAACAGGACAGGCCUCCGUUUCCUUAUAGUCAAAACGCUGGCCAAAUAAUAUCCUCGCCGAAUUUUCUGACUAGUGACGGUGGUGGAACUUCUCCCUUUGGCUUUGCACAAAGUGAUCGAAUUAGAGGCUAUCCUCGACAAGAUGUGUCGAGUGACUUGGCUGGAAUCACGCCGUUUAAUUCCGGCUCCAAGAUCGAUAUUGAUCAAUAUUUGCGUCCAGAUCUGGAAGUAAAGUUUUGUGAUCUGGAAGAUCGUGUAUUUGAGAAACAACAGAGCCGUAAAGACAAGAAAGCACGCCAGAGAAUCAUUAAUGGAAAGGUGAAGUUUCUAGUACGAUCUGAGCGUCCGAUUAAAAAGGUGAAGGCCUGGGUAAGAAGAGAGGAAAAUGCUGCAAAGUUAGAAAAGGAUGCUAAUGGUAUGGUUGAGAUUGAAACUGACUUUCUGAGGAAAGUUAAGGAAAGCGGUCAUAUAUAUGUAAGUGAAACUGUGUAAAUUUUUUGCUUUUCGUCAUUUUAUCGAAAAAAACUAAUUGACCCAGCUUUUAUCAGCAUUUGUGUCGCUCAACAUCAAAGUCGAUAUCCUACAGUCACUGUUUAUCAUGAAAUAUCUGAGAUACUACGCACACUCUGAUUGGUCAAAGCCCCAUGGUGGGGUAAACCCAAAUUUACCUAUAGAAACAGUAUCGGUCAGCCUUCCUUCGAAUUAACUGGGAUCUUUGAUGAACACUAGAAAAGUUUGUUAGGCACGCUUUGCCCAUGUCUUGAGGUUUGCAAACUUUUAACGUGUUCCAACAUUCUGCGUGAGUUGAAUGUCAGUAAAUCAGAUGCAAAGAGUGAGAAAUGCACCUAGCAAUCCACGUGAAUGGAGAUGAUGAAGGUGAUUAUAAUGACAGAGUUUUCAAAAAUCAAGAAAACCUUAUUCCAAGAGGUAUUCGGAGAAUCAAUGCUUAGAUAACUGUGCUGUUUAAAGAAUACCAUAAUAACGUGUUAGAAACACUUUUUCUAUCCGAGUUUCUCCUCUUCGAUCCAGUUACCUGUUUUAUUUUAUCAACAACUUAAACGAAGUGUAUGUUAUUUGUCCCAUCAUCCCGUGAUUUUCAGCAGGAAUAUCAGGUAGAUCUGGACUCAGUUUACAAGAUGGAGGGUUCUGAAAGACCAGUCUACAAAUUAGCAAAAGUUCACACACAGGAGAGGAACCUGUUUGAACUGUUGGUCCAAGUUGUCUUUGGUGACAGCGAAGCCAGUGAGCAAAUCAAGUCCAAGCCUUUCUUGAUAAAGACUAAGAGAUUGAAUGAUGAGCUGCCAGGUAUGUCAAUUAUGAAUCAUGUGCGACCUCAGUUCUCAUAGAAGAAUUUUUUUAAUAAUGGGAAAGGAGACCCAGUGGGUUUCUGUAUUAAAAAUACAUUUUCUAAAAGUUGCGGCAGGACUGAUCCAUUCAUAUCGCUGCUUUUAUGAAGAUUCAUCACGUUAGCAUCGUAUCAUUCAAGAGCACCUCGGUAGCCUGGAAUAUUCGAUGUCAAAUAUAUUCGAGGCACCGUUUCCCCAGAGCUCCUUUGUUAAUCAACUACAACAUUCAUUACCUCACAGAACCUGAUCCUCAUUCCAAACGCAUGAGGCCAAGCACUUGUCCAACCAGCUCAUCAAGAUGGAACCGAGGAAAACAAUCUGCAAAAUACAUCCCUUUGCGAAAUGAGGCAGAUUCAACAGGUUAGCAUUACGUUAUAAGGGCCUCCAGGGGAAGACUCUUAUAAAUUGUAGAGGAAUGAAGGGGGUGUGCCAGGCCUUUUGAGACUCAAAAAAAAUUUCUUUCCUCGCUAUAAUUUAGACCUAAAAACGAUCAAAAAGUAGCGUCUUCUAGAAAAGAAGAGGCAUUUCAAACUCUGUUCCAGAGUGUUAAAAGCCACACCCAUUUUCAGACCUCUAUGAUCAAAUCUAACUUGUGACCACUAGGCUAAAAAAAAACACAGAAGCAGUCUUUGUGAACAUUCAACAUAGUCACGUAGCUUAUUUAAGAGACUUUUUCUUAGGUAUAAAGGUAAAACGCCGCAUGCUUUAUCAUAUGUAAAUUUCCUAAGUUAUCCAAGCCUCAAAUUGAUUUGUGUUUCUUUUCGUCUUAGAUGUAACGUCUCCAUUAUCGCUGAGUUCUGCGGCCUCCAGGAACUCUCCUUCAAGUUCGGAAGGUAAUUUUUAUAAUUUUUUUUUAUGAUCAAAUGACACCCAAGGGUAGCUAGGGAUAAAAAUUGCUAACAUCGAUAUCCUCUUCUUUAUCAAGGUGAAACCAACCAUGUGGAUGAUCUUGUGGUGAAUCAUUUGAAAGCCCAACAAGCAAACAUUGACAACCUGACAGUCACCUUUCUGUUGCAAACACGAAGAGGCGAUAUCGCGUACCAUUUACGACUAACCAAACCGAGCUUGUACCAGACCCUAGACGAAGGGGUAGUGGUGGGUUUUUUCCCCAACGAUGAGGGAAUGGCUCAGAUUGAACCGCUGAGCAGUGAGAAUGCGACGCGAGCGGUAAUGGCCGGGGUGAUCAGCAGGUCAGCAUACGUAGAAGCACAUGCUCCGACGGAAAAAGAAAUAGGUUAGUACUUUAAUUCAUGAUCGGAUAUUAUUUCAGAAGUUGAUUGAGGAAUAUGCUUUCACUUAGAAACCAGUCAAUAUUUUGCCGGAGGAGGGGGGAGGGGGUCGAAGGAUUUUCUUUUCUUUGGGAGGGGGCAUGGUUAUCAGGGAGAACGGGGGGCAAACCGGGCGAUCAGUUGUCGUCAACAGAGAAUGAGGGGGAGGCUGUAGAAAAUUGACUACCAAUUAAUUGCCAAUGACGGGGGAAGGGGGCGGGGUGGGGAUCAUCACAGUAUAACAGAGCCUUAUGAGGGGAACAGGUAAAUCGUAUCAUGACACGAAGAAAAUCAUCCGACCCCCGAGGCGAUGAGUAAUGAGCAUUUCUUUGGGCGCGUGGUAUUUUAAAGCCAGAGACUAAUACCUGAAAUGACAGUUCUGAAAAGAAACAUUCAGUAAAAUAAGACCUAAAGCAUUCGUACAAACAUUCAGAGUCCAAAUUAAGUGGUGGGAUAGAGAGCUGAUGUGGAAAAAUCACAUUCAACAAACCUUGGGCCCCUAACAUUUGCAAUAGUGAAGCCAAUGCCGCCAUAUCGCCUACCGACGUUUAAGCUAUAAGAAGUCUAUUUACAUUCUUUGUCAUUACCAUUAACAGUUUUUCUCCACCAGAAAGCAUUUACAUUUUAUUUGAUGCUUGAAUGACUCCUGAGCCUAUUUUUGCUUUACGAAAUCGAUAAACUUCCAUUUACUUGCAGGAGAAACAGAUAUUAUAUGUGUCAUUGGAAUGGUAAAGGUACUGAUUGUUGGGUCUGCGCAAACUGGUGAACGCAUCUAUGCUUCCACAGACAACCCAGGAACAGGGAUCGCUGAGUCCCAUUUGCCCCUGGGGGCUCACAUCUUUAGGGAUCACACCCUUCUGGGCAUGGCUAUGGAGCCAUGCAAGCCUCGCUACCACGAUGAAGCAAACCUGGUCAAGUGUUUUGUGUGUAUUGUGCUGGGAAUCAACAGUCAGCAGCUGUCCAGCGAGGUAGAGAACAUCAUGGAAAAUGUCGACAUGGACAUCAAAGCGGCCAUUGGAAAGUCUAACAAGAGAAACUGCCGACGUAAGUAUUGUUUUAUUUUUAGUACAAAGCAUCAUUCACAAACAAACAUUAGCAAACGCCUUGUUCGAAAAUAUUAGAUUAUUCUAGAUUCCAAAGAAAUUUUUGUUCAAGUAGUUUCUCUUUCUAAUCUUAAACAAGGUUUAGGGCACUAGAAAAUCUGUGAAAAUCUCGUUAUGCUUUUCAAGGGUUGUUCUUUUUCAUCGCUGGCUUCAUCAUUUUCCUUGGACUCCUGGGAUUUUUACUGUACGAAGUACUCACUCCGGGAACUCGCUUCCGCUACUUCCUGUGUCAGACUGGGUCUAAUCGUAAGCAACCAAACCUGGAGUGUACUUAUGAAGAUGCCUAUGUGGUACGUUAAUUAUUUUGAUAUAUCUUCCAGCUAGAUGGAGAAAUAUUAUUGAUGAUUGAGGGUCGAAAGAGGCAAUCGAUAAAAGGGAAUUUUUGAAGGAAGUUUCAAAACUUGACCCAGCUCUUUCCGUAUUGCUUAAUUGUUGUGCCAGUCACACCGUUACGUACGUGAUAGCUUUAGUACAUACUGAGAUUGAGACUCUUUAGAAUUGACUUAGACUAAACGAUUACACUGGAUUUUCUUGUAAGCUUUCGGAUCUGAAACAAAAAUUUUACACUUAUCCUGGGUCACCUGGAAUAAUUGCGUAUCUUCUCCUUUUGUCCAUAGAAAAUUCAAGACGUUUACAUACCUUUUGACCUUGAUAACCUCAAGACGAAAAUACCAUAUGGCGAGAGAAAGCCUGAGAAACUUAAUCCGAAUAUUACAAGUAAGUUUGUAUUACGAAAUAACAGUUUAUUGUCGUGGGAAAGGGGGUUGAGAAUAAAAGCCUUCGAGUGGACAGUUUUAUGUUUGAUUUAAAUUUCUUACUAGAGGUCUCCAGAAUGUGAGAAAUGUCAUCAUACGUUCCUUAAAAUCGAUUCACAAAAAAUAUUGAUAUUUGAUUCUUGAUAUUUUGAUGAUACAUAACAUAAAUGUUACCAGCAUUGUGCAGUUUCCGAGGUGAUUUCUUUUGUGUUGCUCUUAGAUCUCGCAGGGCCACCAAUCUAUUUUCUGAACUUCGACCGCUGUGCGUAUGGCGGGCGCCAUGACAGUAGCAUGUACACACCGGAACAUGCCAAACCGGUUUGUGGACCUCCGUACCUGGCAUCGUCCGGCAACUGCUCAGAAGUGUUUACAUUCAGUUGGGGAGUGUGGAAAGUUAUGAGAAAAACGAGGAGAAACGGCACUGACAAUGAUAGAUCUAUUAUCAAGUGCUCGUGUAAUGGAAGCAGAAUUGUAGUCAUCCAGUGGAUUGUCCUUCUUUCGCUAUCCUUCAGCGCUUGUUCUCUAGUCGCGAACUUUUGAAGAGUUGAGGCAUUUCUUUUAGUUUCGUGAACGAAUUUCGAGCCAAAAUUUCUCUUCCCCUCUGCUAAUGACAAUUGUUUUUUGUUCUCACGCCCAACGCACGUGAUCUGAGUAAUUUUAAAAUCAUGUGUAGUCUGUGAAAGUUGAGAUAACGUGAGGUCUUGAAUUUGGGGUUGAAGUGGAAGGGUAAUUUUCGAUUGAAUUUCGAAAGUAAGCCGCAUAACUUUGGUUUUGAUUUACUUCGCUUUAGUGAUUGGCAUAGGAAACUCGCGCCAUGCUCAAAAAAAAUCAGACGUUAAACAAAAUUCAGUUGCGACUUUGUCGCUCGCGUUUUCCCGAACUUUUGUUUUUUUGCCUCUCUUUACUUGAGUUUUCACUGACUAUUUAUGAUGCAAACCCUUGUUAAGAUUAUCCGUUGCGAUUACUAUGGUUUUAGUUUUUGGACAGUCAGUUGAAAACUGAUUAGUAAAGGUGAACUUGUUUUAGAGUCCUCUGAUUUCAUAAAUUUUUCGCUUGCUUUUGUUAGGAGGUUAGGACUUUUUGAAGGCUUCAUUUAAAGUCGAUGUUAUAUUUAACUUGAAACAGUUAUAACAACUUUAUUUAGGGAGACUGGACUGUAGCCUCUUUAUCGGAAAAGGUUUUGAGCAUUACGAGUUCAAGAGACCUCUUUUCUGAUUAUAAUAUCGCCGGUUUGACUAACACAGUUUACAAGAUAAAAAAUCCAGUGUUUCAAACAAAGCAACAAUUUCCAGCGACUUAGAUAAAUGGGAUGUAGAAGUAAACAUUCCCAAGGCGGCCUUCUUGAACAGGUCAAAUUAAAAUUUAUAAUGUUGGUUUUCUGAUACUUUCUAGUAUAAAGAUUCAAAUAACAUACAAAUACAACAGGUUACCAUAAAGAGUUGAAUUGCUGACUGUGGCUGACAUAACAGCUGUAGUAAGACGCAAUGACCGCUAAAAUUGCGCAAUAAUAACGAAUUUGCCUAUCGGAGGCGCGGUUCUUUGAUCACGUUGUUUAGGAAAUUUCUUCCUUGUAUGUUUGAAGCAAUUGUUUCUGUUCGUUUUUAUUUUUUUUUUCCGAGGUAGUUAGGUAGAUUUCCCAUAUAUUGAAAUGUGAGCAGUUUUAUAGAGUCAACUUUCUCCAUUACAAAGUUUCUAUUCUUGUAAAUUAAAAUGAACGCAACUUGUAUUUCUUAUUGAGCUCGGAAAAUGUCAGUAUUGCCAAUGAGAAGGGUGAGGUUAUUUUAACUAUAUCACCUGCUUAUUCGUAACUUCUAUAGGUGAAUUGUCACUAAUCCUAGCCAUAAACAACGAUUAUUGUAGC